AUGUUCAGACUUCGUCCGGCGACCCGCACAACACUCUACAGACAGACGAGACCUGUCAUAUUACCACGGAGAUUGUUGGCAACGCAUGCAGAGGAGGGCGUUUCACUUUCAGGUCGUGCCAACAGGCCUGAGCCGGCAGACGACUCGGAAUCAUCAAAGGUUCAGACGAAGCCAGGAGCUCUGAGAGAACAUCUCGGGAUCGACGUUAAUCCAAACCAUGGACUUUAUCACUUUUUCCGCAAGGUCGAGGAUGAAGACCAACUCCACGGAUUUAAAUAUGUGCUUUUCGAAGGACUUAAUGACCUUGUACAUGGAGGGAGUCGUUCAUGGACCACAGCAGAACUUCGUCGAAAAUCGUUCCGCGAUUUGCAUAUUAUCUGGUAUAUGUGUAGAAGGGAAAUCAAUCUUCUGGCGACACAAAGGGCGGAAGUCAGGAGACUUCACCAUCUCGCCAGCUACGCGUCCACCCCUAUCUCGAAACGCGCCCGCAUGUGUCGCAAAACUUGUGCUCGGAUCAAGUUCGUACUCAAUGAGAGGCGGCUGGCCUACCUCGACGCAGAUACCCGCAUUCAGUGGAAGCAUCGCCCGGGAUACAAGGACCCAAAGAAGAAGCCACCUACAAAGCUUGUUCGUGGCCCCAAGAUGACCAAAUCUGACAUCUACGAGAAGAUGAAGAAGCUCGGCGCGAAACAAAAAUUGAAGCACAUUCACCCAGAAUUGCGAAAACGCCCGAUGCUUAUGCUUCGUUGGGCCGGAAGGAGAGGUGCUGCAAAGCCUAUCACCUUUGAGUCGGAUAUUCCUGGAGAGAGGGAUGCGUAG